AUGACCCAUUUACAGCAGCGGCUGGAUGGCCAAAGCUUGGCGAUGCUCUCGCUUCUUCUCUUUUUAAUGAUCAACUGGGUCACUGCUGCUACUCCGAAAGACGACUUCUGCCGAAGAUUCGAGCAUCAGUCAACGGUUAUCGAUGAGAAGCUGUACAUUGACGGUGGAACUGUCAACUAUAAAGACUUUCCAUCAUCGCAUGAGAACCAUGACAAUACCUGGCUAGGAUAUCAUGAUCUCAACGAUCUUGUGUCCAUCAAGGGGGAACUUUGGCCGAACUUCAAGAUUGGAUUAAGCAAAAACGAUAGUAUUCCAACAGUGGCUGGCGGCGCUCUGUGGCCCGAUUCUGUCAACAAGCGAUUCUACCUCUACGGCGGUGAGCAGAUGUCCGGCUUCCCAAAACGAUCCUACCGUAUCCUAAGCUACGACAUUCUAAAUGAUCAAUGGGAUGACUUUGGGGAGCCCAAUACCAGUCCAGCGCCCGAGAUCGCUGGCUUCGGCGCUGGUGUUGGAGUAUCGGAGACAGGUAUGGGGUAUUAUUAUGGAGGAUGGGUCAGCAACAAGUCGAUGAAUGGAUGGACCAAAGACAGAACAAUGUCAUCGAACUUUUACUCUUACUCAUACGACAGGGGGAAAUUCGAUCGGAUGCAGUCUCCAGACGAUCACGCGAGAGCCGAGGGAGGGAUGGUAUGGCUUCCUGCUGGUGAUACGUCUGGAGUGCUGGUAUAUAUGGGUGGUCUUGUCACUCCAUACGAUAACGGCACGACAGCUCCCCAGCCCCUGGAUGAGAUUUUCAUAUAUGACGCACAAGACAAUCGCUGGUCAAAGCAAAAGGCCGUUGGGGAAAUCCCACAGCACAGACGCCGAUUUUGUGUCGAUGCCGCUUGGGCGCCUGACAAAUCCAGCUUCAACAUCUACCUCUGGGGAGGACGCUCAAUCUACCCUCCUGUGACUAAUGUCACUUCCUAUAGUGAUAUCUACGUUUUGACCCUACCGAGUUUCCAAUGGGUGAAAGCGUUCCCAGAUACGAGCGGUAAUUAUACUCUGCCAGAGAAUGGCAAAUACGGCUCAAGCUGCAACAUGGUCAAGAAUAUGUCGCAGUUUAUAGUCAUUGGUGGCAAUUACACGGAUUCCCCAACGGAUAAGUGUGAUGAUGAGUGGUGGGGAGCGCAUAACCUUUGGACUGGUACGUUCCAAAACGCAGGGAACAAUGGCAAGUGGUGGGCUUUGUUCAACUCCGAAGUCAACACCAACGUCGUCCCCAAGAUCGUCUACGAUGUAGUUGGAGGAACAAAGGAAGGGGGUGCCACGGCCAAGCAGCCUAAGAAUGGAUAUGACCCAGGAAACACUCUGCUGUCUAUGCUCAUGGCCCGGACAGCUUCACCCCCUGAGCGCAAGCCAACUCGUCAAGUCAGUGCAACAAGCUCCCCGAGCCUAGGAAAUGGCGGUUCAUCGAGGCUUGGCACCGGACCUAUCGUUGGAAUCGUAAUUGGCUGUGCCGUGGCAGUGGGAAUCAUCUCGUUCGCAUGGUGGCGAGUUGGAAAGAUCGUUGUGACACGUCGCCAAGAGCGGCGCCAGCGUGAGAUGGAGCAGUAUGCCCAACGGGUACAGCAGCAGGCACAGGAACAGGCCCAUCUGAACCCACACCAGUCUUUAUACGGAGCCAGUACCGUGGGCACCAUUAGCCCGAACCCCCCUUCAACACAAUGGGGCGUCCCUGGGAGCCAGAAUGGAAACGGGGGCCUACAGCCUCAGUUUGAGCCUUCAGAGUUGCCCGCUUACAAUCAAGGCACCGGUAUCUUGAACAACAAACCACCAGGAUCCCCUCCUGGCCAUCCACUGCUCUAA